AUGUCUAUCCCAGAGGAAUGCACCGUCUUGGUGAUAGGCGGCGGACCAGCAGGCUCAUACGCAGCUUCUGUGUUGGCGCGAGAGGGCGUUGAUACCGUUGUGCUUGAGGCAGAGACGUUUCCCAGGUACCAUAUUGGAGAGAGUCUCUUGCCGUCAUUCCGAUAUUUUCUUAAAUUCAUCGAUCUCGACGAGAAGUUUGACCAGCACGGCUUUUUGCAAAAGCAUGGCGCUUCGUUUAAAUUCAAUUCUUUGCCGCCAGGAUAUACCAACUUUGUCGCUGCUGGCGGCGCCGGAAACUAUUCAUGGAACGUGAUUCGCUCCGAAGCUGACCAACUCCUAUUCGAGCACGCUGGCAAGAGCGGUGCCAAAGUCUUUGAUGGGGUCAAGGUCACCGCGGUGGGCUUUGAACCGGCGGCCAACGCUGGCGAUCUCGGCCGCCCCGUAUCUGCGUCUUGGAAGCGAAACGUGGACGGCGAGUGCGGAACAGUACGAUAUAAAUAUCUCAUCGAUGCGUCUGGAAGAUCCGGCAUGAUCAGCACGAAGUAUUUGAAGAAUCGCAAGUACAACCAGGGCCUCAAAAGCGUGGCAAGCUGGGGAUACUGGGAGUCUGCUGGAAGCUACGGGCCUACUCCAGGUGAUCCAAUUUCCGAGGCAAUUCAAGAUGGAAGUGGCUGGGCGUGGUUCAUUCCCCUGCACGACGGCAGCGUUUCCGUUGGUAUCAUUAUUAAACAGGAAUUGCUAGCCCAGAAGAAGCAAGCCAGUGGCACAGCCAACUCGAGGGAGUUCUAUCUCAACACUCUCAAACAGACAUCAGUCAUCUGCAAGCUUCUGGAGACGGCUCACAUGCGAUCGGACGACAUCAAGACUGCCUCGGACUGGUCAUACAGAGCAUCCGAUUACGCAAGCCCCUACCUGCGCAUUGCGGGGGAUGCAGGCUGUUUCAUCGAUCCCUUCUUCUCGUCCGGCGUCCACCUCGCCAUGAACAGUGCUCUUUCGGCAGCCACCACGAUUUGCGCGUCGCUGCGAGGCCAUUGCAGCGAGGACGACGCCGUGGCGUGGCACUCGCGCAAGGUAGCCGAGGCGUAUACUCGCUUCCUGAUGGUGGUGUCAGGCUCGCUAGAGCAGGUAUAUGCGCGGGAGGUACCAAUAUUAAACGAGGUCGAUGAGCCUGGCUUCGACACUGCAUUUGAGCAUUUCAAGCCGAUUAUCCAAGGCACCAUCGACGCGGGCGGUAAGCUAAGCGCAACAGAUGUUUCCCAGUCCAUCGAGUUCUGCACCAGCGUCAUUGAAAAGAUUGAAAGCGGGUGUCUUGCCGGGCUAGGCCCAGGAGAAAACGCGCCUGGUGGUGAAAGAGGCUGCAUCACUACACUCAGCCCGAGCCAACAUUGCGACGAAACCAUGAUGAAGAUUGUGCGGUUGAAUCGCGUCCUGGAUCUAGAUACCUUUGCCGUCGACGUCAUUCAUGGAAUGGCGCCGAACAUGCAACGCGGAAAUCUUGGCCUGGCGAUUGUAUCCCAAGCAGGUUAG